UUGUGUGAGCAUUGUUUCAAUGGAGGGAGGAAGAUAUCUACUUCAUUGCUUUCUUUUAGCUCUUCUUACUACCAAAGCAGCAUCUCAUCUUUUUCAAUCCAAUGCCAAUGCCAAUCGAAAGAGCUAUAUUGUGUAUAUGGGUGACCGACUUAAAGAUGGAGCUUCCACAGCUUUGCUUCAUAGCAGCAUGAUACAAGAUGUUUUUGGCAGUGAGUCGAAGACAGUGCUGUACAGCUACAAAAAGAGUUUUAAUGGGUUCAUGGUGGAUUUGACUGAGGAAGAAGCACAAAAAAUGGCCGAUUGUCCAAAUCAAACCCCUUUUAGACGGUAGAAAGAACAAAGCGGUGAGAAUUAUUCAGGCAAGGCAUGGUCAGUGAAAGCAUCGGUCAGAGGUAACAUGCAUGACAACAAGUUGACUGGGCAUAAACAAGACCGCCAGAAAUGGAGUUCAGGGGGUCAGAAUAGUCCUUCGUAGAGCUCGGAAUAGUCAUGAGAGAGAUUACUGAUAACAUGCACGACAACAAGCUGAGAAAACAAGCUACUGAAAAGCAAUGGUGGUCGAAGAUGGUUGAAACAGUGGGCAGGCAAGCAGAAAUUAACUGGUAAUUUGAUUUGUUUUUUGAAUUUAUAUUAACUGGUUGAAGAUGGCUGAAACAGUGGGUAGGCAAGCAGAGAUUUUUAUAUUGAUUUCGAAUUUUUGAAUUUAUACCUUUUCUUUUUGUCAUGGUGUUAGGGUCUUCUUGGUCGAUAGGAAAUUGGGGAAUUGAAUAUUUAAUUCUGAGUAUCUUGUUUAUUAUAUGGAUAUAAUCCUAAAAACUAAGCUAAAUUAUAGGUACUAGGCUCAGCUAAUUCUGAUUUUGCAUGUUUUUUGCUCAAGCUAAAAGCUUCCAUCUGUGUACUUUCAGAAGCCAAAUAGAUUUGAGACAAUAGCAGCCGUGUGAAAAGAGUUUGAUGCUUAGUACUGCAUAUCUUCGAGAAUUAAGUGGUUGAGUCCAACGAAAUUUAUAUGUCGGAUUAUGGUUAUUCGGUUUAAGCUGUUAGUUAAUAGAUAAUUCUUUUUUGUUCUACCAUUGAAUGUACAGCACUCUGGGUUAGUAUUUAAUAUUUGGAAUAAAGAUGUAUGCUUUCCUUUUGGUUUCUAGAAACUAAUGUUAGGGGUAUUUGGCAAGAGUUUGUGCGAGUCCUCAUGCUCAAGUGAUCCACAUAAGAGUUUGUAGCAAGAAAAGGGAUAAUUUUUUCAUGUGUUCAGCAGUUUAUGCGAGUCCUCAAGCUAAGGUUCUGGACUUAAUUGUUGAAUAUUUUAAUGAGCCUUGGCUUAUAGUGAGUGAUUUUAAUUCGAUUUUGGAUAGUUCGAACAGGAAAGAAGGUGUAGCUCGUUUGGUACCUAUUUGGUCGUGAUUUAUUUCAAGGUUUUGUUUUCAAUCAUAGUUAUCUUCUUAAAGAUCCAACAACAUAAGUUCAACCAAAUAUAUCCAACAAAAAAAAUAUAUCCAACCAGCAGCAGAGGGCAAAGAUAAACUCAGGAAAAUCAAUCCUAGACGAAAAUCAAUCAAUAUACAGAAGAAGAGAAGAAGAGAAGAAAAAGAUAAACUCACUAGCAGAGGGCAGAACAAAGCAGAGGGCAGAGAGCAGUGUAGCAGUAGAGCGAACCAGCGUAGCAGCAAAGGAAACCAGCAAAGAGCAAAGAGCAGAGAGCAGUGUAGCAGCAGAGGGAACCAGCGUCGUGUGGCUAAAAAGGUAAAGCAACCAAUCCAAAAGGACUUUUUGGCUGAAAAGCUAAAAAAAUCUACUUCCCAUUUGCCCAAAAGUCCUUCUAAGAAGCUGAUAUUUUGCUCUAAAAUGAAAGUUGUUCUCCAUUGCUUUUUAAAGAAAAGUGCUUUUUUAGCUAAAAGCCCAUCUCAGCCGGGUUGAAGAACGGAGCCUUAGUCAUUUUCUUAAGUGUUUGCUUUGAAAAUGUUAAUGUUGCUCUUUAGAAUGAAGUAUU